AGUGGGACACUGCCGGGCUGUGCAUACAGCAUUUGCCGCCUUCGGUGUCGGACACGGUGAUGAUUCCGAGCUAUUGUCGCUGUUAUGGGCAACCAGAUAGCUUGUUGUCGCCAAAAGUGGUCGCCUCUCGAUGAUUCCAUCGAGAGACUGUCGGUCAACAAUCUUGACAAGGCCAAUUUUAGUUACCAAAAUGCAGGAGCUGUGUUCCACAAUGAUGUUUGGCUCCCUGAGGACAGUUUUGGUACGGUUUCUGGUCCCCCCUAUCUCUCGAUAUCGACAAAUAUACAAGUGCAUCCUGGAGUAACGCAGCAUAUCAGCGAGCGUGAACCUGCAGAUGAGGAAUUCGACCCAUCCUUUAACGCGUCGCAGCGCGCCUUGUUCGUCACAGCAUCCGCAAGUAAGAUGUCAAUUCUAUAA